AUGUUAAAGAAGUUCGGUGAGACAUUGACUGAGGGAGCCAUGCAAUGGUAUUCUAUGCUACCCCAGCAAUCUAUCCCUUCCUUCGAGCUGCACUAUAUCCCUUCCUUCGAGCUGCUCGUAGAUGCUUUCGUGAAGGCUCACGCUGGGGCCCGGAAGGUGCAAGCAAGAAAGACCGACAUAUUCAAGAUCUUCCAAAGGGAUGAUGAGCAGCUCAGAGAGUUCGUGACAAAGUUCCAUAAGGAAAGGAUGCUGCUACCUCCGGUUCCUGAAGAAUGGGUAGCCCAAGCUUUCACGAAGGGACUUAAUCCCCAAAGUUCUAACGCUUCCCUCAAAAUGAAAGAAAAUCUAUUGAAGUUUAGAGCAGUUACAUUGGUAGAUGUCCAUAGUAGGUACGAAUCAAAAAUACGAGUGGAGGAUGAUCAGCUCGGGCUCCCACCAGGUCCGUUGAACCGAAUGAAAAAUACUGACAGAUCAAAAAGGCCCAAGAAGUCCAGCUUCAGGUCAGAUAAGGGAAAAAGUGGUCCUAGCUGCAAUACAAUGAGAAGUGACAGACAAAGUGAUCGCAACUUGGGGAGCAGGGCUGCUAUCGGUCACAUCAAAGAUGCGAGAUGGCCAAGGCCGCUGCGAACUGACCCUUCACAACGAGAUCCAAAUCUGAUAUACGACUACCAUGGUACACAUGGACACCGGACCGACGACUGUAAAGGGUUAAGGGAUGAAGUGGCACGGUUGCUAAAAAAUGGUCAUCUCCGGGAGUUUCUGAGUGAACGAGCAAAGAAUAAUUUCAAGAACAGGGAAACCAACGAGAAAAUCGAACCAGACGAACCCCGACAUAUGAUCAACAUGAUCAAGAAAUACCCUGAGGUUCGAUGA